AAGUAUUACCCGGAAGUACAUGGUUUGGAGUCGCAAGCCUGCGCGUUUAGGACGAGCGUCGUUUCCGAUUUAGUUUAAAUAUUAAGAAUUAUGAAUGAACUUGUGCACGAAGAAUAUUAGUGUAGCAUAAAUAUAGUCAAUAUAACUUUAAUUUUUAUAGUUUACCUUAAAACUGAACUGGCUUUCUCUGCAAAUCGCGUUUGCAUGCUAGCUAGCUUAGCCUCAAACGCUAUCGUGCGUACCCCUGGUCAAAUUGAACUUGAAACGACUACGAGUUUUUUUUUUUUUUUUUUAAACAAUGGACGGUUUGACAACUCCAUACGAAGAUGACUCCGUGACGGAGUUCAUGGAGUGUUCGGUAUGUGAAGUAUCCUUAAGGGGACUCAGUUUGUAUAAGAUACACUUAACGACGCCGGGACACUUAAAGAAGGAGGAUGCUGCCGUCGCCGCUGGUCACAUGGUCCGAGAACAAAUCAUACCAAAGUUCAACGAUAUUUUACAAUACGUGGAUUACCUGAAGCUUGACGAGCCAGUGAUUGGUUUAAGCUUCUUGGAAGAGGUGCUGAGCGGGAAUACGGAGCAUUCCAACAUUGGGCCCCGAUACACAUGCAGGCUUUGUAAUAUCACCGCACACCCGCCGGAAAUUAUCCAUCAUGUGAUCGGGAGAAAACACAGGCAGAAAUAUAUUGAGACAAAGCGUCCGGAUCUGGUUUCCUGGGAUAAGCAAUCGGUGAUGAUGCUAACGGGAAAGAUAAUUCGCACCCGAGCGGAGAUCAUCGCCAGGCAGGACGGAAGCGGACGUCCCAAGACAAUGAAGAAUUUGGGACACAUCAUGACAAGAGUUCCCUCAUGGCAGAGGCAUACGGAAAACCCGCAGAAGCCCUCAGGCGCGCACCAACGCAAGCAGGAAUUCCAUGCCUCGGACCACGGUCGUUUUAGGGCAGAUCUAUCGAGCAGAGCCGCGUUCGUCCCAGCCGUGGCAGGAAGGGGACAGACUACAAACCCGUGGAAUCAGCAGAUGGCAAAGGCCAACGACUGGAUAAGGACUUCUAGCCAGGGAAAGGGUUUGGACCUGGACUAUCGUCUGGAUGAUUCUAGCACAGGAACAAAAAGGGUUGAGCCCUGUAGAGAGACCGAACAGGCUUGGGAUCAACCCGCAGAGAGUUACACCAACUACAAAAAGCAGCAGGCAAACAAUGAGUUUUUCACAGUGGAUGGAAGGCGUGAGUUUCUGCUUCCUGGUCUGGACUGUCAGCCCCCGCGUCAAGGGUAUCAGCCCCAGCGUUCUGAGUACCAGAUCCUGCGUCCAGAUGAUCAAACUCAGCGUCCAGAUUAUCAGGCCCAGCGUCUGGAGUACGAGACUCAGAGUCCCGUCCACCAGACCCAGCGUUUAGACCUCCAAACCCAGGGUCUUGACAUCCAGACCCAGCAUCCGGGCCUCCAAACCAAGGGUCCUGACAUCCAGACCCAGCGUCCAGGCUACCAGACCCAGCGUCUCGACUCCCAGACCCAGCGUCUGGACUUUCAGUCCAAGAGCCCAGGCUUUCAAGGGGAUGACCUGCGGUGGUCUUCUGACAAGGGCCGAGAUGUGAGAGUUGGGACAAGUGUGUCGGAACCACCCAUGAGGAAUGUUCGCUUAUCUUCAGAGCGACCGGGUGAGCGUUUUCGAGAUUACAAUCAUGGCAUGUGUCAAGCGGAGUCCCUUCCAGCCAACCCCGCCAGCUUCCAGACUCCUCUGGAAGAUUCCAGAAGCAUGUCGGCCAUCCCGGAGCCUUUCCGCCGUUUCUUGAAUGGUUCCGCAGGUGACGACGCAUCUGGCAGACGCAAAAGAAAGAGCCGCUUCUCGAACGCGACGCCCGAGGAGGUGGCAGUGACCAACAGGAUGUUCAACGAUAGACCUCCGGUCGUCAAACUCAGACGUCCUCUGGAAUCAUCCGCCAAAGGAAUGUCCCAGCAGGAUACUCGUAGACUGAUGCGGCAUCCCAAUCAAUUCUCACAAUCACAGCCAAACAGUCCCACACUCCUACAGAUGUCCUCUCAACGCUCCUUCCGGCAAGAGCCCAACCUUCGGAGAUACGAAGACGGUUAUGGCGAGGAAAGAAACGGAGGAGGAAGAAACUGGAGCAACUUGUGCGAUGGCCCGCACAUGUACCAGCAAGAAAUGUGCAGACAGCCCAGCGACUUGGAUGGAAACCUUUACGAAGGUUUUGGUCAGCAACAGAUGUACAUGACGCGUCAUCCGGAUGAGCGAGCGCAGUGUCCUGAACGCUUGCAAGGAGACGCUCUGCAGCAGCAGUUUCAGCAGCGUGACCUGCAGCCAUUCUCCCAAGGUGUUUUCAAUUCUCGCUCGCCGCCUUUGGACUUGGAAAGCCCCAUUGGGAUGCAUCGGAACCCUCAGUACUCCAAAAGUCUAGAAAAACUCAAAUCCACUAUCCUGGAAUUCAUGUCCAGGAAUUAGUCAUACAUUCAUUAUAGUGUACCAUGGCUGCAGUUUAAGUGGAAGCUUUAAAAUAAAAUGUCAUCUUUGUUGACUAUCCACCCAUCCA